UGUGGUCUUAUUAAUUUUAUUAAUACAUAAUACAGUUAACCAUAAACAAUAUUUAGUUAUUAUACGUAUUCGUCCUGAUUAUUAUUAGUUGUUAUGGAAAUUUAGAUUUUAUACGAGUCUUAAAUUUGAAACAAUUUGACAAGGAAUAACUUCGUUUUUAUAGUAUAAGAAAACAAUUAACAUCAAAGUAAAAUGGUUUACAUAUCUCAAAGUGGAAAUUUACAUGAAACUGUUCCAAUGAAAAAAAAAAUAGUGGAUACAUUUUGGGGUGUUAUUAACUUUGUUUCAUUUUUUGUUCAAAGUUUAGUAAGGCCUAACUCAACUAGAUGGGGUAAUCAAUAUACAGUUACUUACAGGCGCCCUGGUUCUUCAAACGGAACUGUGAGACCUCAACGACGUUUUGGUGGAUUUGGACCUAGUACAUCUGCUCCAGCUCCUCCAUCAACCUGUAGUAGCUGUAUGGGAUAAAUGUUUGUUGAUCUAUUAUAUAAAUAUUAAUUCACUCAAUCUAAGAACUAUUAAUUAAUAAACAGAUAGAAAUUAUUCUAGUCUUCAAAGUAAAAUUUAUUAUUUAAUAUUAAAGUUUAUUUAAUUUAAAUAUUAUCAUCCAAAAAUAAUGAUAUUAUUAUUUAAAAAAACUAUCUUUAAUCAUAAUUUUAUUAUUAUUUGUAUUGAAAUGAUAAAGGACCAAUAAUUUAAGUUAAAGAGAAAUAAAAUAAAAUUGUAAACCAUAAUAGUUACUAACUUUUAUAUUUUAACAUUUAUUUUAUUUACUUGACAAAUAUUUACUGAAAUAAACACAUUACUUGUUAA